AUGACUCUUCUAUUUGGUAUAUUUCUUGCCCGGCUUGCGGUGGCUGCCGCCCAGAGCAGCUGCGUCUCGGCUUGGGGUCAAUGUGGCGGUAUUUCUUAUACCGGGUCUACCUGCUGUCAGAGUGGGAAUACCUGCGCCGAGAUUAACUCGUACUACUACCAGUGCAUACCAGCAACAGCUGUGAGUACUUCAACUACCACAGUGACAUCUCCCUCUAGCUCUGGUUCGUCUUCUGCCAACACGUCAGGUUAUACAACGACGACUGUCUUGCCCAGUCCCACGGCAACACAGAACCCUUAUCCUCCGGCCAAUGCCAGCUCAUGUGGAUCGUGGGCUCUCGUUGAUAACGUUUGCUGCCCAUACUACUGUCUCUCGGAUAAUGAAUCCGAGUCCUGCACGAGCAGCUGUACCGGCGGCUGCGGCAGUCCUGAUUCCUCCAUGUGCAAGUCCGGGACGAUGUGGGGAGAGCAACACACCGUAACUUCCAACGAGGACUGGCAUUACAGCCGCUCAACACACUUUGGUCUGACCAGCGGUGGCGCCUGCGGGUUCGGUCUGUACGGCCUCUGCACCAAGAACAGUGUCACCGCGAGCUGGACAGACCCAAUGCUGGGCUCUACCUGCGACGCCUUCUGCACCGCGUAUCCGCUCCUCUGCAAAGACCCCGCUAACGUCACUCUCCGCGGGAACUUUGCUGCCCCGAACGGAGACUACUACACUCAGUUCUGGCCUUCCCUGGCUGCAUCCGGCAAUCCCGACAACUACCUCUCUUGCGGGGAGUGUUUCGAGGUCAUCCGCACCAAGCCCGACGGGACAGACUACGCCGUCGGCGAGAGCGGAUAUACCGACCCCAUAGUCCUCGAGGUAGUAGACAGCUGUCCCUGCAAUGCCAAUUCAAAAUGGUGCUGUAAGCGGCCCCCCCCCCCCCCCUUUUUUUCCCCGCCUUCCAACGGACAAAAUCUCACAAGACCAGGCGGCAGCGGCGCAGACCACUGCGGCGAAAUCGACUUCAAGUACGGCUGUCCUCUGCCGGAAGGAUCCCAUCACAUGGACCUCUCCGAUAUUGCCAUGGGCCGACUCCAGGGAAACGGCAGUCUCGCCGACGGUGUGAUUCCCAUCCGCUACCGGCGUGUCCCCUGUCCCAAGCCGGGGAACAUCUACAUCUGGCUUCAUGAUGGGGCGGGACCGUAUUAUUUUGCGCUGAGCGCGGUCAAUACCAACGGCCCCGGCUCCGUAAUCAGUAUCGAAGUCCAGGCUGGUGGCUCCGGGCCAUGGGUUGCCCUCGAGCACGAUCCGAACUACACCAGUAGCCGGCCGCAGGAGCGGUAUGGCUCUUGGGUCCUCCCGCAGGGCAAGGGACCCAUUACUGUGCCUGUUUCGAUGAGGCUGACGGCGCCCAAUGGGCAGCAGGUGGUUAAGGAGGGCGCCAUUACCAGCUAUACCCCGCCGGCGACUGCGGUCGAGGGCUUUUGGUAUAUUGAUCUGGGAGUGCAGUUCACCUAG